CCUCCCUCUCUCUCCUCCAAUUCUAGGGUUUCGAAAGUCUCAUCCGCAACCAAGAAGGCCGUAAUCCUCGAGGAGCACGAACGACGGCGAUGGCGAGAGGCGGCGGCGGCGGCGGCGCCGACGGUGGUGGCGGCGUCAACAGGAGCGUCAGAGCGAGAGCGGGCGUCGAAGAGAACACCCUGGCGAUCCUCGACGCCUUCGAGUCCAGCGACACUCGCUACUCCCACGACGACCGCAUUGCUUUCCUCGAAGCGGUUCGCGGCGCCUCGGUCGUGGCGGAAAAUGGAACUCCUCCGACCAACAAAAUGUUGGAGGCUAUCUUUCGGAUCCUCAGGACGGGAGAAUCACUGCAAUCUAUCAUGGCGAGUUUCCAGCUUCUUAAGGAGUUGGAAAAGCGCUAUCCUCGCGUGUGCUCCUCUGCUGGAGGUACAUCCGAAUCAUCUUCAGCUGCUCAACCUGAGCUUGAAGUGCUAAAGGAGGCUUGGUCUCCCUUGUCUCUCGGUUCAGACAGCUCUACUAGUGGGAGAGCAGCAGUUAAUGAUAACCCUUGUGGACCAGUUGACCCCUCCGGUUUUGAUCUUCUGAUACAAGGCCUAUUUAAACUGGCAGAUGGGACAAAUCAUCAAGUGGUUGAUAUCGAGUCUCUGAGAAAUAUGUUACUGCUCCAAUAUCUCAUCAAUUUUCUUGAACGAGAUUUUUCAUCUCGCAGCAAUUUUUAUGAAGAAACCAAGGAUUGGACCAUCAUAAGGGAGUCUUUGCUGAGCAUGCUUUUGUGCUCAAGAAAAUUCAGCUACAAGAACUUGAUGAAGGAUUGCCCAUCUGUUUUGUGUGGAUUGCGGCAACUCUGCACUGGAUUUGGAAAUGAUCUUACACUUCCCGAGUUUUCAGAGGCCAAGUCAUCCAAAGUUUGUGACACUUCGUUGGUUAUUGCUUCACUUGAAGUUGUGGACAAUACUUGCAUGAGUAUGCAGAAACUUAUGACAAUGAUUAUGGAGCUUGAUGUGUUAAAAAACCAAGCAGAUAAGCAAGGCUGUACUACAAGAGCUGACGGUUUUAGAACUCCAUUGCUGGAGAUAAUACUAGAUGAACUGACAUACAAUUAUGAGAUCCUGUCUCCAUAUCUUCAGGUUUUUAAUCAACCAAAAUGGAAGCUGGAGCUUAUCUUGCAGUAUCUCUCCAAGUACACUGCCAAGCAGCCUUCCGUUCGCACUCGAAGAUCAAGUGAUUCUACUGAUGAUCCAACAUUUGGUGGAGUUUUGAAGUGCCUCUUAAAUGGGAGUAGCUUGAGAAGCCUUAUGAAGAAGAUUGGUGCAGAAACAGUCCAAUUACUCCUAGCUCAUGCUUUUGAGGCCCACUUGGCUCUUUCUUGCAAAUCUCAUUCCGCUGAAGGUGCUUUGAAGUCCAACGGAGACGUCGUAGACCACUCCUUGAUGGAAAUAUGCAAGCAUAUGAUCUCUGCUUUUGAUGGUUUAAAAAAAGUGGAUGAGAAGAUGGACAUCUUACCAGUUGGGAAAGAAGCCUUGUUUGUAGCCACAACCAUCCUGUCAAUCAAGUCGUAGCAAUGAACAGAAUUGCCCUGAGUAACGCCUCGGACUUUCUGAAGAAUUCCUUCUACAGGUUACGAAGAGACCGAUCCAUAUUUUCCAUUUGAAUUGCCCCUUUGUUUCAGUUAAGAAAAGAAUAAUCUGAUGGUUCUCGCGUCAGAUGCUAAAUACAUUUUUUCUGUGCUGACAGGUUUAAGGAUUAGAUAACAAAUUGGUCUCUAAACUAGCAAGAAUCGGAAUAUAGUCCUCAAACUAAAUUUUCGUACCCUCACUCAAGCUUAUUAAUUUUUCUUUUUUCCCCUAAUUUAGUCCUUCCAUUACAUGUUCUAAAAAUCUAAAAAUCCUGAAAUGGUGUACAAAAUUGAAACACAAUCUCGGCGAUAUUGCCUUGUUUCCGUAUAAUUGCUUUCCUAUGAAAAACAUACUCAUCGAACAAAAUUUUUUUACGGCAAAUAAGUCACAACAUGAGUCCAUUCACUGGCAUAUAUAGCUGAGAAAUCUUACGGUAUGCUUU